AUGGCCACAAACUUCGAUCCAAACAAUGCCCAAAACUUGAUAGAGAUCGAGAAACAGUUUGCUGUGAAAGCCGUGGAACAUGCUCAGACGUAUUGGAAUCUUCUCGAGAAGAUACCUCCAGCAGACAUGAAGUUAACCAAACUUGAUGACGAGAUCUAUGACCACUUGAUGAAGACAUUCCCCGAGUUUGCAGAUCCUCCUCAUGACAAACUCGUCAGGUUGGACGAGGAUUGGCUGAAGAGUGACGAUGGGAAGAAGAAAUGGAGAGACUUCAUCCAGGCCUAUGAAAAUAAGGUGAAGGACUACAACUUUGGAUCACUUAUUCGCACGGAUGCGCGGCUAGAGUAUGGCGAGACCAAUACCAUCUUUGUGACGCGGAUACAGUUCCUUGCGAUUGAGAUCGCAAGGAACAAAAUGGGUCUCAAUGAUGGUGCACACGAGGUCGCCAAAGCAGAUGUAGAGAAGGAGAGACUGAAGAAAGAAAAGGAAAAAAGCAAAGGUGCGAAGAAGAACGCUUCUCUCACUUCCAUCAUGGAUACUGAGGUGAUUUCUUUACAUUCCGAAGACUCGGAUAAGGAAGGCGACGUAGACAGACGCGCUAUCCUAGAGCCUGUCAUUAGGCGCGUAGUUGAUGCUCUCGGUGGAUACGAAGGCGGCGUGUACAGGCUCGGUGAUGAACUCGGUGGAUGUCUGAGAGAUCUCAAAAAGCUCUGGAGAAAGGACGAUACAGAUGAUGAACGUACCGUUGCACGUAUUUUCUGGGAAACGCGUGUCCUACCGAACGACCUUGUACCUAUUCUCCUCGCAACAGCGGGACAAGGCCUAGUUGAAGAUAAAGGAGCGAUAGCUUGUGCGGACCUCAUGACAGCCAUGAUCUGGCCAAUUGACAUGGCAGAAGAGCUCAAGGAACUCGACGAGAAUCUGGACAAGGGCACAGACUAUACGCAACUAUUAUUCAGUCACUUGACCUACAAAGCUGCUUUGCUCAAGCCAGGCGUUAUGGCCGCUUUGUUUGGCAUCUUACUACCUCCACUCUCAAAGCCGCCCCGAGAACGGAAGGAGCGCGACGGACAAAUCGUCAACGUCAUCUUGCAUCUGUUUCGCAACCUUGCCUUCAUAAAAGACCCACCACCGAAUAUGCAUCUCAGCGUAGACCAGGCAGAAUUUUCUUCCUUACAGACAAAACUUAUCAAGUCCUUCUCAGAGUCCCAUAUUUUGGAUCUGCUUUUGACUGUCGCGUCGGAUGCCUCCAAUGAUCUAUUAUUCAAUGGCGCCAACACUUUAGUACUGGAAAUAUUCUAUCUCUUGUUCCGAGGUGUUAAGCCCUCUCUUUUGGCCAUUGAUCAAGCAAAGCAACCAGCUCAGAACCUACACCGUCUACUUGCUGCCGAGGGUCGAAUCAAGCGGGACCAUGCUCGUAACUCAUCUUCUAGACAUUCUCGCUUCGGUACCACCAUUGCAGUACGAUUAAAUCCAAAUAAACAGGGAAAACGGAAGGAGAACACCAACGACGGGAAUGAGGCCGACUCAGAGGCUCCAGCUUCCAAUGGCUCCUCGCAAUCUUUCGUGCUUCAUCGACAACAGGCAAUCAGUCGGGAAGCAGGCAGCAUUAUGGACAUGACCAAACGGCAAAAAGCUAGAAAUGUAAACAAAGUCGAUGAGCUCACCAGGGAAGACAAUCUAUCUAUGGAAGCCAAGGCGACUCUGCGGAAUUUAGCUAGGGAAUUUAUCGAAUCGUGCUUCAAUCCAUUUUUGUCUUCGUUGUUGAAAGACAUAAAGUCAGAGCGACCGAAGAUCACUGAGAAAGACAACCUUCGCCUGCUCUACGUCACGAAGUGGUUCUUGGAAUUUUUCCUGGUAACCCGCACCAAUCAACACACCACGAGCGACGACUCUCGGAAAUGGGGCUUAGGCCUGAUAGCAGAGGUGACUGACGGAGGAUGGAUAACGUGGGUCUUGAAACGCAUGCGUGAGGCGAUGGAUGAAAAGCCCAAGAUGUGGACAGAGCUUCAAGCCGGAAUCGAAUGUCUAACGCAACUCCUACUUCUCAUUGACAAUAUGACCGCUUCAACGAAUUCAGAUACUGAAUUGGAUGACGCAGCUGACAUCCUGCAGCAGCAACUAAUUUAUAAUGGCGAGGUCCUGGACGUUGCACUCGAAAGCCUGCGAUCAUACAAAGAAGGCACACAAACACUCACCUACUUGGAUUCAAGUAUACAUCUCUCUCACGCUUUGAUAAGGAUGCUCGAGUGCUGGGGAAAGCAACGAGGUGAAAUGUAUGUGAGGAAAAAGAAAGCAAGUAGGAAUACAAGGGCUAAGGGCAAGGGUCUCACGGAAGAAGAUGGCAUUCCUGAUGUAGAAGACCUAGAAGACGCUGAAGAUGCGGAAAACGUUAUUCACGAGACAAUGUUUACCUUUGAAGCUUUCGAAAUGAAAUUCGCCAACGCCGAAAUCACACAUACUCUGUUGACAUAUCUCGCACGUUACAAGGAGUACGAAUCGUCUGAACAAAUGAAACGGGUCGUCAGUUUGAUACAUCGACAAGCAGUCAAAGCGAAAGCGGAGGGCCUUUUUUUCAACGCCUCGACGUUCAUACUCUUCAAAUCCAUUCUAGAUGAACAGAGAUCGCUUCCGAGAGAGCAAGCGUACAAGGACCUUGUUAAUCUUAUCAAUUUCAUCCUGCGCCAAUUCUUUAAGGCAAUGGCCGAACAACCGUUUUUGGCUGUUGAGGCGUUUUUCCCAAAAAACCGCGGUCAUUGGAAACAAUAUUCGAGCUGGGAACCCGAUCAGAAGAGCAAAAAAGGCCGAGAAACGAUCGAGGACACCGCUUUCCCUCCAGAGGUACAGGUGAAGAAAGGUUACUCCUGGAGCGAGCAGAUUGGUAUUGCCGUUGCCUCACUCGUCGAAGAAGGAAAGAUAGAACUUGUGGAGUGGGUAAAAGAUAUACUUACACUGGUCGUUCGCCAGCGCGAAAGAGUUGUUGAAGAGACAGACGAUAAGGAAGGUGCCGCUGAUGGACAAGAUCUCGAUGAUUUUGAAGAAACAACAAAGCUUAUAGGUCCCUCAGAUGAGGCAAUCUCGAAAUUUACAGACUAUGUAAUACCUUACAUCAAUGACGAGCACGCUAAUGCCGCCACUAAAAACUCGCGGAUAAAGCUCGUGUUCCGCCUCUUGAACUUUUCCAUUCUAAGUGAAGAUGCUGACGAGCUCGAGUGGUUCGUGCCUGCUGCCCUCUUACCAUCCGACCUGCAGCGCAGUUUCAACGUGAUAGAACAAUACCUAAAAGACCCUAUUGACCUCAAUGGCAAGAAUGCUUCGCAAAUGCUCAGCAGUAAACGUCGUCGGCGAAGACGACAACGUUCCCUAUCUCCUGACACGGACGUGGAGUUCCUGGAUGAUGAACCUAAGCGAAGAAAAAAGGAAAGGCAGAAAAAAGAAAAGGAGCAAUACAAGUCUGCUCAGUUCAUUGAAGACAGUGACGAGGAGUACGGAGACAUGGAUACUUUCCUUGAAAAAGAGAAGGUACUGAGGGAAAAAGCCGCCAAAACUGCAGCUGAAACUGGUAAAAUUGCAACUAUGAAAGCGACGGGCACCAAGAAGCGCAGAAGAAACGGGAAAGACAUUGGUGGAGGGAAGAAGAAGUGGAGGGGAGACGAGGAGGUUUUGAAUUCAGAUGUCGAGGGUGCUGAUAGCGAUCCUAGCUCUGAAAACGAUGAUAUAUUAGCAUCACCCCACCUUCAAAGCGUCGCGGCUCCUGAUACCGUACAGGAGCUCAUUCCGAAACCACGACCUAAACCCCGGCCAACGAGACGCUCCCUCAAGCCCCUUCCGGAAGGGCAACCAGAUCAAUCAGAUCACAGUAAUCUUAUCGAUCAUUCAGAAACAAUUGACCUGUCAAAGCAUCGUAGCCACUCACCUGAUACCGCUGAAAGCGACGACCUCAUGACUGCUACCGCUGUACGGGAAACGCGAAGAAAAGGCCGCAUCGUUAUUUCAGACGAUGACGAAGGUUCAUGA